CUGAACAAUGAUCAACUUACUGGACUCUCACUCCUGAUCACGAUAUCAACAAACGCCGACCACGAACAAGCGAUGCGACGCCGAUCGACUAGAAGAAAACGUUGCCCGUGACUGACAGAGUGUUAUAGCCUUGCCGUGCCGCACGUCAGGGGCCGUUAAGAGUGAGAUCUAACGUCGUGAUCGAGUCCUCGUACGGGUGAAAUCUUGAACUAGUCGAGUCAUCUAAAAUUUUAAAAGCGUUGGUGGCGCGAGGGCGGUCGCUGUCCCCUAUUUCAACUGUUUAGGUGGAAGUUAAUUAAUGGAGGUAUAUCAUGUUUGGCAGGACACAGUCCUUCAGACUUUCUUUCUUGGCGUGUCUAACUCCGUCAACCAGGCACAGGAUAAGCUAAGGCGUUGCCGAUGACACGGGCAAGUUAACCGGCUGGGUCAAUAUAAUUCGGGUCGGAUCGGGUCAAGUCGAGUGGUAAAUGAUCCAACCCACCGUGCAGUUAAGUGAAGUUAUUGGUCCGUAUGAAUGCAGUCUCGGUGGAGUGCACGAUGGAGUUAUUCGCCCGUGUGUGAGAUGCAGUCAUGGAGAGCAACUCGCAGACAACGUCUUCCAAAAACGACGGCCAAUUUAUGCGUUUUUUUUUUAAAUGCCAGCGUCGAUCAGUAUUAGAACUGCUCCUCUGCUCGCCCCCAUUUUCCAACCACUCUGCCUCUCGUUUCUUCAAUUCAGUCUCAGCGCGCGUGUUAGAGAUCACUCUUGCGAUUAGCGGUGGAGAAAUUCGGAGGGGGAUCAUUAAUGAACGACGAGCUGGACACGUGCGAGGCCGAGGAGGAGAUCGGAGCGGCGGAGGCCGGAUCCGGCGAUGAGUCGCGGCCGCCGGCGCAGUCUUCGGCUCCGUCCCCUAAGAGAAGCCGGCGGGAGGUGGAGAAGCGGGUGGUGACGGUGCCGAUAAGCGAGACGAAGGGCAGCGGCGAGGGAGCUCCGCCGCCGGAUUCGUGGGCUUGGAGGAAGUACGGUCAGAAGCCCAUCAAGGGCUCGCCUUAUCCGAGGGGUUACUAUCGGUGCAGCAGCUCGAAGGGAUGCCCGGCGAGGAAGCAGGUGGAGCGGAGCCGACUCGAGCCGUCCAUGAUCGUGGUGACCUACUCCUUCGACCACAACCACCCGUGGCCGCUCCCCAAGAACCACCACCACCACAACAGCGCGGCGCUGGCGGCGCCGCCGCAGCCCCUGCCGCAGGGGGAACCCAGCCCGCCGGAGUCGAUCGAGCGGGAGGAGGACACCAAGUUCUCCGACUUGAUCUCGGAGGAGGGGUCGCUGCUCCCCGUCGACGUGUACUCCGCGGCCUCCCCCUCCGCCGCAGGAUCCAGCGAGCUCCUCUACGGUUCGGUCUUCUUCUCCAGGGCCGAUGCCGUCUCCGGCGGCGGCGGCGCCGCCGCCGCCGCGGCGCUGCCCGAGGAGCGCGAGGAAUUCCUGAACGAAGGCGAGGAGGACUCUCUGUUCGCGGGGCUGGGAGAGCUGCCGGAGUACUCGGUGGUGCUUCGCCGAGAGCUGGCGUCCACAUCCUGGGUGGGGACCACCGGCUGACCUCCUCCUCCGCGUCCCCUCCGCCCGUCGAUUGGUUCGAGGAGGAGUUUGACGUAUACAAACCGGCACCAUCCCUCUCCCUCUCUCCCUCUCCCCCUCUCCCUUCAUAUUUGUUUUUUUUUCCUUUUUCCCCCUCAAAUAAUUAGAUAUUUAUCCGUAAAAACAAAAUAUUUCCCCUGCUCA